UGCCUGCCGGCGGCUGCGGGCGGCAGUGCGGCGGUGCGCUGGCGGCGGCGGGAUGUUCAGCUGGCUGGGGAAGCAGGGCGGCGGGCGGGAGCGGGGCGGCGGAGGCGACGUGGUGCAGACGGUGACCGGGGGGCUGCGGGACCUCUACCUCCGCAAGCUGCUGCCGCUGGAGGAGCAUUACCGCUUCCAUGACUUCCACUCGCCCGCCCUGGAGGAGGCCGACUUCGAGAACAAGCCCAUGGUGCUGCUGGUGGGGCAGUACAGCACCGGCAAGACCACCUUCAUCCGAUACCUGCUUGAACAAGACUUUCCAGGCAUGCGGAUUGGUCCAGAGCCUACUACGGAUUCUUUUAUUGCUGUGAUGUAUGGAGAUUCAGAAGGAAGUAUUCCUGGAAAUGCCCUAGUUGUUGAUCCUAAGAAACCGUUCCGUAAACUCAGCCGCUUUGGAAAUGCUUUCCUGAACAGGUUCAUGUGUUCUCAGUUACCAAACCAGGUAUUGAAGAGCAUCAGUAUCAUCGACAGCCCUGGCAUUCUCUCUGGAGAGAAGCAGCGUAUCAGCAGAGGCUAUGACUUCUGCCAAGUUCUCCAGUGGUUUGCUGAGAGGGUCGACCGCAUCAUCCUCCUUUUUGAUGCCCAUAAGCUGGAUAUAUCUGAUGAGUUUUCAGAGGCUAUUAAAUCAUUCCGGGGACAGGAUGACAAGAUUCGAGUGGUGCUUAAUAAGGCCGACCAAGUGGACACACAGCAGUUGAUGAGGGUCUACGGUGCGCUCAUGUGGUCCCUGGGAAAGGUGAUCAACACUCCAGAGGUGCUGCGGGUCUACAUUGGCUCCUUCUGGGCCCACCCUCUCCGAAACACAGAGAAUCGAAGACUCUUUGAAGCUGAGGCACAGGAUCUUUUCAAGGAUAUCCAGAGUCUCCCACAGAAGGCUGCUGUGCGGAAGCUCAAUGAUCUCAUUAAGAGGGCGAGACUUGCAAAGGUUCAUGCUUAUAUAAUCAGCUAUCUGAAAAAAGAAAUGCCCUCUGUAUUUGGAAAAGAGAACAAGAAGAAGGAACUGAUCAGCAGAUUACCAGAGAUCUACAUCCAGCUGCAAAGGGAAUACCAUAUCUCAGCAGGGGACUUCCCUGAAGUCAAGAAAAUGCAGGAGCUGUUGGAGACUUGUGACUUCACUAAAUUUCACUCUUUGAAACCAAAGUUAAUUGAAGCUGUGGAUAACAUGCUGGCCAACAAAAUUGCCUCCCUGAUGAGCCUGAUCAGACAGGAAGAGAGCAAUAUGCCCACAGAGAUGGUACAUGGUGGAGCAUUUGAUGGCACCAUGGCAGGACCUUUUGGCCACGGAUAUGGAGAAGGUGCUAAGGAAGGAGCUGAUGAAGACGAAUGGGUUGUUGCCAAAGAUAAACCUGCUUAUGAUGAGAUUUUCUAUACUCUGUCACCAAUCAAUGGCAAAAUAUCUGGGAUCAGUGCAAAGAAGGAGAUGGUGACUUCUAAACUACCCAACAGCGUCUUGGGGAAGAUCUGGAAACUUGCAGACUGUGAUGGUGAUGGGAUGUUGGAUGAUGAGGAAUUUGCGUUAGCAAAGCAUCUUAUCAAGAUUAAACUGGAUGGGUAUGAACUGCCUGGCACACUACCUUCUCACCUGGUGCCACCAUCUCACCGGAAACCUUUGCAGACAGUAGAGUGAAAAAUACAAGGAGGAGAAUGAGAAUUUUGGAAAUCUUCCAACAAAUGUGUUGAAACCACCAAAAUUUGAAAUUAGGCUUAGCUCCUUAAACUUCACAGCACGUUUCACUCAAGUUACUGAAAUUAGAGGCUUAGUAGCAGGGAAACAUUCAUGUAGUUGUCCCUGCUGACCUUCACUGAGACAUGCUUAUCACAAGUGCCUUGUAUAGAUCUAUCAUAAUGUGUGAUGGUAAGGUGAAAAUGUUUUUGUAGUCCUGCUUCCAUGUCUUGCUACCUUUACAACCAUAAAGCAGAAAAGACCGUGUAUAAAAGUCAUUGGCAGUCACCAAACCUAAAUACUUUUAUCUACCAUAAGUUUCUCCAAACUAUUUAAAAUUAGUACAAGGAAGCUCUAAAUGUUAAAUUCACCUGCCUAUGCAAGGAACAUUUUCUAUGCUAAAAACAAACUUUACGCGUCAAGUGAAUGUCAGCAUCUCUAUAGUUUAAGAAAAGGCAGAUAUAAAAGGAAAUUUUAUUUUUGUUCUUUUUUCUUUAUUUAAUUUGGAGGUAGAAAAAGAGAAGAGUAAUGGAGAGAGAGUCUAAGUGCUCAGAAUAUGAGCAGACUUGUUUUAAAACUUCACUGACUAUUGCUAAAGCUGCAAAAUAUUAAAAUGAUUCUUUCAAUUUGUCAUCACUGUCUCGUUAUCUGAAGAACUGGUUCUUCAGUUUUAUACAGCACUAUAUAUGCAGUAUUAUUGUUAAAAGAACUCCGUUGUUCAUUGGAUUUGUAGUUUCUUUUCAGGCUUCUGUUUAGCUGCUCUGCAGACAAUAAAUCCCUGAACUGUUCGAAGUGACAUCAGAAUGUUUUCAUAAACUAAAAAAAAAAACAAAAAAAAAAAAAACCACAAAACAUUUCCAUUGAAAUAAAGUCUCAUUUUCUGUUCAGAAAAGGUGCAUUGCUCAAAGUCAGCCUCUUCAAAGCACAUCAGAUUGUCUUGGGAAAUUUUUGUGCGUAUUUAAUUUCUACUUACAGGUAAUUUUAGUUCUCUUUUUAUAUAAAAUAUUUUUGAGAAGUUUUUAACACUUUUGCCAACAUGUAGCUGACAACCACAGAAGAGAGAUUUGAUUCCCCUGGUGGCAGGUUUGAAAGGUGGGGAGCCUAACAGAAAUCUUUACAUUGACUGUAAUAAAUGAUAAACAGGUCCCUCCAAAUAUUAUUCCUUUAUUGAAAACAAUCCAUGAAAGGAAUGGAUGCUUAACAAACAUUCAUUUUUUUUUUUAACAACACAAUCAAAGCUGAACUGCUUACAACUGAUUUAAGUACCUUAAAAGAACAUAAAUUUUUGGCCCUGUGAACUUCAGUCUUUUGGGGAGGGCCAGUUCUUUUCUAAGACCAACCUUGGCAGUCAGUUUUGCUCUAUGCAUGUGAGCAAGAAUUGACUUGUAUGCCAUUUGUAGUAUGAAAUACCCUACACAUCAAAGGUACUGUAAUUGCAAGCACUUUUUCUUUGAGUCUCAGUAAGUGGUAGCAGUAGUGCCUUCUGAGACAGAGCAAGCCAAAUGGUGUUUUAGCAUCCUUGCAGUAAGGGUGGGAAGGGAAGUAGUUUGGUAUUGUCUCCCGCUUAAGAUUUUAGUCACGCUUAUGCGUUCAGAUUUGUAGGUGACCUAAGAAGAAAUUCAGCUUCUCUUUUCAAAUCGUACAUUUGUAGGUUGUCAGUCAGGUUUAAUACUUCAGAUCUUUCCAGACCUCUUGUCUUUCUGCAUCUGUUCUAUUCUGAUGUGAAAUUGCUGUGAACUUUGCCAGGGCUCUACCAUGGGGAAAACAAUGAAGCUAUUUUAAGUAAUGACAGAAGACGACCUUUACCUUGCCGGGCUUCUGGGCCUGUAUCAAGGAUAUCCUGGCAUAGUUAAAUUGUUCUUGAGGACUUGCUUGCUUUUUUUAAAUUCCUAAGUUUUUCUCUUAUUCAAGCAUACCAACUUUAUUUCUGUUAGACCUAAAUUAGUAGCCAAAUUAGCCUUAGUGCAUCUCUGUGCACUUUAGAGCUGUGAAACUUGACCAAGAGUCUACCUGUGUGACUGUACAUCUGCAGAGUAACUGAUUUUCUAUGUAAUGUUGGUUUUGACUGAACUGUAGUCUAUAGCCAUUGCAGGAGUUUUUUUUAAAAAAAAAAAACAAAAAAAAAAACCAGGCCGCAGAAUUAGUAAUAUAUGCUUGUUUGUGUGUAGUGUCUGCAGUCAGUAAUGGAUUCAUACACUAAUGACCAACCUGACUAGCUCAGUAAGGAAAGACAUCUGGAGAAAGAAAGCAAGCUUGUGUAUUGUGACUACUGCAGUGUGGGCAAAGCUAAGAGGAUGUGGGAAGUUGCUGAUCUUCCGACUUUCUGCCUUACCCUGCUCUUCAGCAGCACAGGGUUCCAGAGGUGGACCCACGUUUGAGUUGAGCUAUGUGUAGCUUCCAGGGGUGAUGCUCCAAACGCAUUGGAGCCAUGUGAUCCCAUGCCAGUAGAAAUAUACUCUUCCAGUGGGAGGAGCAGGAUACUUUCUCAGUGAUUUGAUUUUAUUUUUCUAGCUUUAUUGGUAGUAAAAUGGAGAACACAGCCUUUUCGUCAGUCUCUGUGACAGUGUGCUAACUUGGGUUUAGGGGAGACACAUUGAAAUGCAUCAUUUUGAUAAAAUAUUUUGUCUAGGUGACGUUGAAAUGUUUUGCUUUGUUUUCCUGUAGAAUUUGGAAGGGGGAUGUACAAAGCAUGUAUAGGAGUAGAGGUGGAUUUUAUCUGUUUAUCUGGAGGAAUAAGUUUCAGGAUUGGCAUGCAGAGCUACAUGCAUAAAUGUUUUUGUAGAUACGUGGUGCAGUGCACUAGUAUCAUACUUAAUUGACAGGAGUAAAGUACACUUCAUGUGGACUGCACAGCUAAACUUAUACAGUAGGUUGCUGUUGCUCAGGGGAAGGGAUCUCUUUUUCUCACUACCUCCUCGCAUACCUGUGGAUCUACUCCCUUUGCCUUGCUGGCUUUCUGGCUUGUCAGAUCCUGCAAGCCCGUUCAGUUAAACCAGCCACACGUAACAGUUUGGAUAAUGUUCCGUGGAGUUGGUGAGUCCGUGUGUUAGGAGCAUGAGAAGCAAGCAGGAUUACCUUCUCGCGUGAAACUGUGCUCUAAGUAGUUAUUGGGAACAGCAGUAUGAGGUAACCUUUGGUGUUCAGUUUGAUGUUACUGAUCUCUGCUGAAGAAAGACCAAGAUGUGGAAUUUGUUAGCCAUUUUAUGCCUAGGAUUUUGAUUACGUUUGCUGUGAGACCAUUCAAAACUGUUAAUAAUUCAUCCUGUGAAAUCAGUGCCCACUGGCGUGUGUAGUCUGCUGCCAAAAACCAAAGUAGAAACUGCUGCUUUUACUUCUUCUCCAACUACUCUGCAACACAGUUUUAAUUCCCAACCCUAGUUCUGUUUCCACAGAAAUUUAUUAGAAUUUUGUUGUAGAUUAGAACAGAAAAUGUUGGGCUACUGCUCAUAACCACACUACAGGACAGCGAGAGCCUUUUAAAGCUGUGAUAGCUUGAAAAUGGUGAGUUUACAAAAAUUUUUAAGUCAGGGAGAGGUCCCAGUAGUUAGUUGGAGGUGGUAUGGAUUUGUGUGGAACCUGGUCUCAAAGCGGCAGCAUCUGGUCCCUGACUUUCAACAACAUUAUUCAUCCCCAGUACUUGAAAUGUGCCCUCUUUUUCUUCUCACUUCCCUUUGCAAUGUGCGCUCACUUUGGUGGCUCUUAUAUUGUUGGAAUUCAAGCAGAGUUUGAAGUGUAUGGUUUGACGGGUAUGUGUAACUUAGCACUGAGAGAAUGGACAUGAACUUUGUUUUCUACUUCACAUGCCUAAUAUUUUUGUUAAAUAGUGUGUUUUCACUUCAAAGGCCCUCUAAUUUUUGAGGGAAGGCUUGAUCUGUGCAGUGUGCUUCAGUUUAUCGAACAAGGCAAACAAAGUUGUAAGUUCAUUAUUGUUGCACUUUUAUUACACAAUAAAUUCCUUGCAGAUACUGUAAUAUAUUUUAAUAUGCUUUGUAAUCAUUUUUAGAAAGUGGUGAUAAAAAUUGCUGAUUUAAUAAACUAAUAUUGAACUACC